CGCCAUGAGCGCUCCGGAUGAGAUGGCUGGUGGGCUCACCGAAACCCGGCCCGCCACGGCCGAAAUCCAGGCCAUCGCCGACAAGGGCUCCUUGUGCAAGUAAAACAAAAACAGACACCAGGCUGGGAUGCAGAGGCAGAGCCUGGUUCAGACCCUGGGCAGCGCUUGACUUCUGUACCUCAGUUUCCUCGUCUGUAAAGUGGGCAUCACUGGGGGGCCUUCACCAAAGGCCAAGAGGGAGGCCAUUCCUUCCCAGACUCCCGUGUGCGUUUGUGUGUGUCACUCAUCCCCAUAGGCUUGCCCACCUUCUGCAGGGUCAGAUCCCUGCGGACCAGACAUGUCACCUUGCACGACAGGUGAAGCCCCAGCUGGAGGAGAAGGAAAGCAAGAACUACCCCAUUUUCAAGGCCACGAAGUACAGGAGCCAGGUGGUCGCGGGGAUUAACUACUUCAUCAAGGUUCAAGUUGCAGAUGAUGACUACGUGCACCUUCGAGUGUUUCAAGGUCUCCCUCCUGAAAGCCAGAUCAUCUUGAGCAAAUAUCUGACCCACAAGACCAAGGAGGACCCAAUAGUCUAUUUCUAGUUCUCGAUUUUGAACUGGACCUUUGCCCUGUGGUUCUCUGUCACUUGUUCCCAUGCUGGGGUCAGAAAUGAACGCUGUCUCCUGCUGUGCCACUCUCUCUGGAGGGGCUGCUCUGCACCAACCUGGUGUCUCUGCUUCUGACUUUAAUCGCUUGAUUUUCCUCCAAACCAAUGAUCUUAACUAAAUUGCUUUCCAAUUGGGCUGAAGUGAUCUCUAAAUAAAUACAUUUUUAAGUUUUCCCAAAUU